AAAGUGAGAACAAGCUGUGUGAGGUCCAGCCCUCCAGAGCUGCUCCAGAGAGAAAGGCAGCCUUGGCACAGGGAUCACUGCCCGGCUGAGGCUCCAUCCAGCAACAUGGCAAAACACAGAGCCCCUUCUCUUCUGCUGCUUGUCCUCACCCUGGUCGGCUUAUCCUUCGCCCGCCGAAAGCUCCUGCUGUUCUUGAUUGACGGGUUUCGGCACGACUACAUCAGUGAUGAAGUCCUGGAAUCCCUGCCUGGCUUCCAAGGCAUUGUGAACAGGGGAGUGAAAGUGGAUUACCUGACCCCAGACUUUCCCAGCCUCUCCUACCCAAACUAUUACACUCUAAUGACAGGUCGCCAUUGUGAGGUACAUCAGAUGAUAGGAAACUACAUGUGGGAUCCAACUAGAAAUAUAUCUUUUGAUAUUGGCGUGAAUGAAGACAGUCUCUUACCUCUUUGGUGGAAUGGAUCAGAACCUUUAUGGGUUACUAUGAUGAAAGCAAAGAGGAAAGUCUUCAUGUACUAUUGGCCGGGAUGUGAAGUUGAAAUCCUUGGACACCGACCUACCUACUGCCUACCAUACUACAGUGUUCCAACAGAUGCCGAUUUCUCAAAUGCUGUAAAUAGUGCUGUUGAAUCUUUAAGAAAUGGCUCCGCAGAUAUGGCAGCAGUGUAUUAUGAACGAAUUGAUGUCGAAGGUCAUCAUUACGGCCCCGCAUCCACUCAGAGGAAGAGUGCAGUAAAAGCAGUGGAUAACGUUUUGCUCAGUAUGACUAAGAGUAUCAAGGACAAGGGCCUGGAGAAUGACCUGAAUGUGAUGCUUUUCUCGGAUCAUGGGAUGACUGAAGUUUACUGGAUGGAGAAAAUUAUUAUACUGAGCAACUGUAUCAACAUGAGUGAUGUGAUACAAGUGAAGGACCGAGGGCCUGUUGUAAGCCUGUGGCCAGCCAAAGACAAGGAGCUUGAGAUAUAUAACAAACUGAAGACUGUGCCACGUAUGACAACUUACCUGAAAGAGGAUAUUCCUGAUAGAUUCUAUUAUAAAAAAGGGAAAUUUGUUGCUCCUUUGACACUUGUUGCUGAAGAAGGAGGAUUCAUUGUAGAGAGCAGAGAAGCCCUUCCAUUCUGGGAGAACGGCACUGGAAAAAGAGAAGCAUGGCAGAAUGGUUGGCAUGGCUAUGAUAAUGAACUCAUGGAUAUGAGAGGAUUCUUUCUUGCAUUUGGGCCAGAUUUCAAGACUAACUUCAGGGCAGCACCAAUCAGAGCGGUUGAUGUUUAUAACGUUAUGUGCAAAGUUGCAGGGAUACAGCCACUGCCCAACAAUGGAUCCUGGUCAAGGACGGAGUGCAUGCUAGAGAAUAACGCCAAUUUGGCAGAGGCAUUCCAGUGGAGCGGUUCUGUGCUGGCACUAAUUCUGUUUGCAUUGUUUGUAUAACAGACUUUGUUGCACCGGUCCCAAUACAAUGUUAGCCACUGUUUCCCAUUCAUCACUUGAAUAGCAGCAUUAAUAGAACGCGAUCUGGAGAAGAAUAUACAAUUUGAUUUCUCAAAAA